UGAGCUCAUAACUGGGCUCUGGCACCCACUUCCUGAAACAAUUAAAAAGCUGUUCCUAUCCGAGAACUGCCCCAACAGAUACUCCACUUCACAGCCGAGCCAGGAGUAGGCAGCAUGGCUAGCCAGAAGUCUAACAGUGACACUCUGCAGCAACUCAAGGCAGUCGUCCGGAGGUUUCCACUCGUGCCAGUCCAUGGGGUCCCCCUAAUGGAGCCCAUCGCUCAACAAUGGGCUCGUGUUGAAAAUUUUGAAGCGCGGCCGGAUGACUUGGUCGUCGUCACCUACCCCAAAGCAGGUACCACAUGGAUCCAGGAGAUUGUGGAUCUCAUUCUUGCCAAUGGUGACACAGAAAAAACUCGGCAGGCCCCAACACAGGUCCGAAUGCCAUUUUUAGAAUACUGUGUUCCACCCCCUUUCCCUUCAGCGAUUGAUAGACUAGCGGACGUGCCAUCUCCUCGUGUGAUGAAAACUCACUUGCCGUUUCAGCUUCUUCCUAAAAGCCUUCUGGAAAAGAAUUGCAAGAUUAUCUAUGUUGCUCGCAAUGCCAAGGACAACCUGGUCUCCUAUUACUUCUUCGACCAGAUGCAUUUGAUGCAGCCAGACCCAGGGCCAUGGGACGGAUACGUGAAAAAAUUCAUGGAGGGCAAAGUCCCGUGGGGCUCUUGGUAUGACCAUGUCCAGCGUUACUGGGAAGAGAGGGAAAAUCACCGUAUCCUGUAUCUCCUCUACGAGGACAUGAAAGAGGACCUGGCCCGUGAGAUCCGGCGUGUGAAGGAUUUCCUGGAGGUUGACUUGCCUGAGGACAUUGUUCAGACGAUUGCCCAUCAGACCUCCUUCCAAGUCAUGAAAGACAAUCCGAUGGCAAAUUAUGACACUGUUCCCGACUUCAUCUUUGACAGGACAAAAAGCUCCUUUAUGAGGAAAGGUGAAGUUGGCGACUGGAAAAAUUAUUUUACAGUGGCUCAAAAAGAAGCUUUUGAUGCUGAUUACCUGCACAAGAUGAAAGGAACAACGCUGCAUUUUCGGGAUGUAUUAUAGACUCAAUUACCCCUUGGGGCUUUUUCGAUGAAGGACCAAAAUGUUUUUCCUUGCUUUAUGCUUUUAUUAUAAUAUAAACACAGGUACUUUCGAAAACAGAGUGUGAAGUGUCUGGACGCACUGACAAAAAUGGGUUCCGGAAGGUGUGAGUGAAAGCCAGGAGCCUAAAUGAAACAGGAAAAGUAGGAGCUUGUAAAACAGGGUUACCAACUUCCUUCCCAGACUCUGUCAGCAGUUAUCAGCUGAACCUGCUUUAUCGCACCAGUUGAUUCCUGAAAGGGCACACUGCUUUUAAAGACACACAAAAGGGCCACCCUGGGGUUGUUGUUUUUUCCCUGGUCAUCUGGCAACUAACAUAA